GUUCGUUUGUUGUCAAGGAUACUACACAUCGCGGUUACCGAAGUAACGCAAAAUACAAAACAGUUCUAGUCGGUUCGUCCGCCCGUUCGCAAGGAUCUGCCCGUUCGCUGCUGCCUUGCAGUACCGUGUGCUUGCCGUGUGUCCUUACCUGUGUCUAUAUCGGGUGCCGCUAGCGUGUGGCAAGUGUUUAGAUACCCUGCCUCUCCCUUUCGGUGAGGGCCUGUGUAUCCCAUAGGGCUUGAUCCUUACACCCCCGGGGAGGUGCCAGUUCGGUGGUUAGGGGUGUACCAGCACCCUUCGAACUCGAGACCCCGACCCAAACGCCCCGACAGAAGUGCUGCAGUGAGCGAAUGAACGAGUGAGUGAGUGGGAGACUUUAAACCGAGCUCAUGACCAAUAAUCAUUUGAUUUUGUGAAUUACCAAGAUUUGGUUCGGAUUCCAGCUUUAAAGGAUAACGAGCGCUCAGUGGAGCCACACACGCCGCCAGGACGAACCAGGAUCACUGGUGCGCUUUGGAAGAACCUUCGAAUGACGACCACUUGGCAUUUGUGCGUCUGAUAUGGAGGACCUCGGUGUUCAGUAGAAUAUAAGCUCAACGUUUUUGAGUUCUGUUGUGUUAAGUUUCAGUGCUGUUUUCUCAAAUCCUUUUGAUUUGCGUUGGAAUUUUUGGAAGGAAAGUACAAGUUUAGAAAAACGGAAUGUUCCAAAUAAUGUAUAUGUAACAAAAGCAGAAAAAGUGAUACAAAAAUUCGAAAAGCUCCCGAACCUUGUGAUAAAGUGAAUCAAAGUGCUCUUCAGAACAGAACGAUCGCCAGAAGGAAUAAAUCCUUUGGUCACGGUGCUAUGAAUUUAUCCGCCGUAAAAUGGCGCCACAAAACUCAACGCUAAUUCACGGAAACGCCGAAGCAACCUCAGCCGUCUCCGCCGACGACAUCGAGGAGCUAAGCAGCUACAGCCCAAUCCUACCGAGGGUGGAGGCUUUGGCGGCAGCAAGAGCAAGCCAACGGCGUCAUGACUCACCCGGUUCCAGUUCCGUUGAUGUUGAUGCAGCACCAACGCCACCGCCGCCCCCACCCCCGAACGCCACGAAAUUGAUCGGCUCCUUCGGCCAGUACGGCGGCUUCAGGCCGGAUGCACUGGCCUCCUCAUCCCGGGCAGCGAGCGGAACUCGCCACCGACCCGAAGGCACCGAAAGGGGUGCGGUGAAACGUCGUGACUCGAGCAACCCAAUAACCUACUACCGUGAUUCGGCUAACGAUACCGAUGAGGAAGAUGAGAUGGCUAUGGCAGAACUAGGGAGUGUCAUGGCAGAUGAUUAUGGAGCAUCUCUCGACGAUGAGAUUGAGAUUCCUAUUUGGAUCCGCGGUGAGCCGCGCUUCGUGGCGGGAAUCAACGAUGAUACAACAUGUGACAACAUUAUCCAAGCGCUGAUAGAUGAUGAGCUGCAGAAUGGGAAUUACAACAAAGAUGUCGCAGUGUCACGUGAUGUCAGCGAUUAUGUGAUAACGGAACGAUGGCGUGAGGUAGAACAAGUACUGUCUGGCGACACACGAAUACUCUCGAUCUGGAAAGCAUGGGGCGACGCCAAGAAUGAGGUUCAAUUUCGCCUGAAAAUCAAUAAAGCCAACAUGGAAAGCGCCAAAUCGUGCAAGGAAUCAAAAUCCAAAAAGCAGAAGGAAAAAAUUGGCCUUAUAAAUCGCAUGAUGAGAAAAGUACUUAAGCAGGGCGAAGCAAUCCAGAAUCAUCUUUCGAUGAUGAGUCAAAAGUCAACUGAGAAGCGCAAUCAGGAAAAGUUUCGCAAAUACGUAAAAAAGCACUGCGGCAAAACGGUAAUCAUGGAAAAUUUCCUUGAAGAUGCUACAACUUUGUACGACAUCACCAAUCCCAGUGAUGAAAUCACCGAGCAGUGCAAGUGCAACGAUAAAGCACGUCGCAGCACAUUUCCCAGCAAACUAUUCACCAACAAAAAAUACAAAGAAACUAAGGUGCUUAAACCAAAAUUGUACGAAUCUUCCGAUCAAAUCGAAGCGUUGAAGAACGAAGACGAGCUUCUGUUGGUAAUCGAACACACGUCCGACAGUGACAGCGGUAUAUUCACCAACAAUCAGCUGGGCCGCAAGAACACCCUUCCAAAGAAACCGAACUUCGGUUCCAUGAUCGAGAUCGACAAACUUGCCAAAGAACCGACGUAUGAACCGGCGCCAGCGAACGACACUCCGAAGCGAAAGUACCGCCCCAAACGGCGCUAUGGUUCGCUCCGAAGCAGGGAAGUCAACCGCCGGAAGCUGGACUACGACAGUGACGACGUUACACCACCCAUUGAUGACUUCGAAAACAUAAAUCUCGAGUUGCGCAAAGGAACCUUCAAUCGGACCUCGUUUCGGUUCGAUCUCAUACGCCAGGAAAUAUCAAUCAAAAUGGAGGAAAUGCAGCAGCUGCUCACCCAAGAGGAUGACCUCCUGCGCCGCCUCAAGCUGAAAAGUGCCAAAUUUCAGGCGGAGAAUCAAAUCUAUCGGUCGCACAUUGGGCUCGAUUUCCACGUCGAACGCUUGCAGGAAUCGAUCGACACAUGCGCCAAAGAGAUCAUCGACAUCGAACAGGAGCUGCUGUACACGAAAGCUGAAAUAGAGGAAAAAUCUCCCCUGAUCGAUAAUCUGAAGGCAAUGCUAGAAGCGCAGGAAGCUAAACAGUUUCGCGGAUUCUACUCAUCAUACUCACCAUCGGGUUCCACGGCUGACAGCUUGAAUGAAAGAUCCUCUUCGAACGCCUUAGGGGCGAUGGCAUUGCCCAAAACGGGCAACUCUUCCAAAACGAGCUUAUCUUCCGGAUAUAAUGUUAAUGAGACGGAAUUUGUUGACAAUAUAUACGAGUUUUGUGAUAACAAUAAUCGAAGUUUCGUUGUCUAGGUGGAAGUAUUAGACAGAGCUUAUCAAUGCGAUUUUAGAACGGAAAUAAAAAUAGAUAAGUCAGCCACGUUGAAUACAAAAUGCUCAAAACUGUUUACGUAUAUUUAAAAGCAUAUAUAUUUUAACUGUUGUUCGAUAUAUUUUUUAUGCAUACCCAAUAAAUUGUUUACUUGCAUUGUGCAAAAUCUAUUCUACAGCA